AUGGAAUCUGAGAAAAAUCAUUGUCGAUUCGAAUGCCUUAAGCAUACGUCACAAGUAACCGUUGUACCCUGCCUGUCCCAACCCCUAGAUUCAACCGGUCACGUCCUCCUAAAUGCCUUUGAUACCAGCUUUGUUAAAAUUACGGCCCUCUUAAACAAUACCUACAUCAGUGCCAACAUGCCAGUGAGGAACGCCUAUGCGCCAGUCAUCCGAAAUGAUCCUGACAUCAAAUUCCUCGAAAACAACGGCGACGCGCUGGCAACUGUGAUAUCAGCUAUUCUACGUCGAAAUCUCAAUGACCUUGUGUUGAUUUACGACGGCGAAACAGACCUUGAUUUUCUAACUCGCCAAAUGAAGGCCCUGUACUACACAACAUUCAAACUGGACUCUGUUUGGGAAAAUAACAAGGAACGGCUUAAAAACAUCUUCAAAAGAAAAGCGACUGGCCGGUCCUACGUGCUACUGCUCAAUCGCACAACUCUCAAGGAGACCGCAAACCAGCUGCUCAAUUACGUGCGUUUUCUUGCCUCUCUUGUGUUCGGGCAGCCACACUUACAUCGAAAUUUAUGCAAUUAUUUCGCGAAACUGCUCCAAAAAUCAAUCAAUCAGUAG